UUUUGGAGCGCUUCGACUUUUGUCCAUCCGCUCCUUGAGUCGCCGCGCGCUUUCGAGGAAUCGGGCAGAGAAAGCGCCGAGAGGCCUCGGAAAAGUUAUCAAUGCGCGUGGUUUCAAGUCUCCUCCUCCCCGAGCUGCCGAUUUGGCGCCAAAUUGUAAAGCGGACGUGUCCAGCAUGGAGCCGGCGUUUCCUCGGGGCCGUGACGUUGUCCCUGCCUCAGACGGCAGCGAGAUGAAUGGCGGGGUUCAGACGCAGGCGAGCUGCCUGAAUGGGUAGGCGCACGGUGGUGGGUCUCCCUCCUCAUAACUUUCCUUGCUUCUCCCUCCAGGCAUAAGGAAUGGCUUGCUUAGAAAAAUCUCUUUCCUCUCGCCCGCUUUUAUGGGGAUUUUUUUGCAAGGAGGGGAAAGUGACUUGGAAAAACAUCCCCCCCCCACACGUCUGCUCAUUGAUCCCCUUCCGUGGAAUUUGGAAACUUUCCUUUUAUUCCCUCGUUUCCCAACCCCUUGAACUUCCGUCUGAAUCUUUUCUUGAUUUAUGUAACGAGCUCUUUUCCUGCUUAUAUGCAAGUCCCACAGAGUUCAGGUAAAUGGAUAUGGGAUUGCCGCGUCUCUGAACGGGCUAUCCUGUUGUUUCAGUCGGCUGUAUAAAUAAGUUUUUAAAAAAUGUUUCUGGUUAGAAACUUCUUUCUUUUCUAAUCACAUGUUUCUGAAGGCAAUUCAACUUACUUCCGUCUCUGUCGUGGGUUUCCCUGCCCAUGCGGUGAUGUCUUAUUAUUGCACAGAGCCAACCUUGCUUAACACAGAUAGCCUGUAAGUCGCUUUAUAAAGUCACUUUGGCAAACCAGUUUGUAUCCGCAGUCAGAGUAGAUAAAGGGGCAGAGCAGGAAAGAAGCAAUGGCUGCUUCUAGUUAAGUAGUGGUUCUGAUGGUGAUGCCAACUGUAGAUGCAGAAAAUAUUUAAAAAUAAAUUUAAGGAUCCGCAGAAAGAGGGGGAAGGAAGCCGAGUUUUGAAAUGUUAAAAUGGUUGUAAAAUUAUUGAAAUGUAUAAAACUGAAAAUCAUAAAUAUAAUAAUAAUAAUAAUAAUAAUAAUAAUAAUAAUAAUAGAUGAGUUAGUGGGGACUGAAAGGAUUCUUUCCAACUGGUUCUGGUUUAGAAAUUCUGUAGCCCUUGCCUUUUGUUCUCACUACUCUCUUGCCUAUGCUCUGUCUGGUGUAGUCUGGUUUCCAUUCCUUGCUCAUCAUGUAUUCACAGCCAGGGUAGUGAAUGAUUGUCUGGAAUAUGUAGCGGCAGUCUCUUGCAGGCCAUGGUGAUGGGUAGAUUCGUAGAGUUGGAAGGGACCACAAGGAACAUCUAAUCCAACCCCCUACAAUGCAGGAUUUUUUUGCCCAAUGUGUGGUUCAAGAGAGAUGGCUCCCUUGCAGCGUUCAAAACUCCCAUUGUUCUUAGGCGCGUUUUGCGACAGGGAAUUUCAUUAGCUCAAGCAGUUUCUGAGCUCUGGGUGCAGUACUGUGCCUAGGAUUUCAGAUUAAAAAUGCAGAGGGAGGAAAGGACCCUUUCUGUCUCCUCACUUCCAGCCACACUCUGAAGACUGGAGGAGAGACCCUCUUAAGAAUAUUAGGGGGGUGGGCAGGGGAAGGACUAGGGACCAUGUGAAAAAUGAACAUAAUAUUUUAGCUGCAGUUCAUACAUUUUCAGUUUUGUAUUCUUGUUAUAAAAGAAACGCGCCUAGACAUUCCAUUGUUGCGCUCAUAACCUAGGCUUAAGGUGCCAUUUAGCUCCUAGCUUUCAUAUCUCGGUUUCUAACACUGCUCCCUUGAUAUAAAAGAAUGAAAAUAAAGGGAGUAUAUUGAGGUACCAACUGAGUGAUGCCUUAAAGUGGCUAGGACAAAAUUCAGUAAGUGCUCUUGCCAGCACUUCUUUUUUUUCCUCAUUGGUAAAUUUUGUGAUAUGUUUUUAUGUGCACUGUACCAAAAUGUGAUGCCUUCUCUCAGCUGAGCGCUGCAAAUUUCAGCGAAUAAGAGAUGUGAUUUGGUAAAAGACACAUAUAUUUCUUUUUGCUAAGUGAUGGAGAUUUUGUCAUAUUAUGGAAUUAAAAAUACCUUAUUUUGUUUUCAUGUGUCAUUGUUUUUAAAUUUUAUUAUGAUUAGGGCCUCAGAAGUUAUAAGUAGUCUCGGCCCGGUAUAAGGGAUGGGCUAUCAUUAAGAGGGUAUUGGUGGAUGGGUGGCUGGAAGAGGAAGCACUCUGCGUUGCAACAUUUCAUUGCUGGUCCCACUUGUCAUGUAACUGAUGCAGCAUACAGUGUGUGUGCGUGAGUGUGUGUGUGUGAUGGUGGAAGUUGAAGCAUUCUAAAAUGCCUGUGUAAUUUGGUGUUGAGUGGGCAAUGGUCGUCUGAAGGGACUUUUAAUACAGUGGUACCUCGGGUUAAGUACUUAAUUCGUUCCGGAGGUCUGUUCUUAACCUGAAACUGUUCUUAACCUGAACCACCACUUUAGCUAAUGGGGCCUCCUGCUGCUGCUGCCGCGCCGCCGGAGCACGAUUUCUGUUCUCAUCCUGAAGCAAAGUUCUUAACCUGAAGCACUAUUUCUGGAUUAGCGGAGUCUCUAACCUGAAGCGUAUGUAACCUGAAGCGUAUGUAACCUGAGGUACCACUGUAUUCAUAUUUUUUCAAACAAUAUGCCCUGCUCCACACAGGCUGAACCACCUUUUCAAAUGUUGCAGGGGGUUGUUGUCUCUUGGUCUGAUGAAAUACUGUCAGUAGGCAUCAUGGAUGUUAAAAAGGGAAAGAGAUUUAGAAUAACAGUGUAUAAAAGAUAUGCAAGAAGUUGACUGUGAAUGUGAGUGUGAGAGGCAGAAUAUGUGAAGUACAUGAGUAAAGGCACCAAAUGGCAAAAAUAUAAUUGAGGCUCCUUGCUUGGAUGCAUUGUAAGGGAUGAUCCAGAUGAAGGGUAGCUGAGGAAAUGAAAAUGUAUAACAUAAAGAAGAAUAGAGGAUAUCUGGGCUAUAAAAUAAAUCUACAGGGGAACUUUAUGAGACUGUACUUCACAGUGAUGCUGCAAAAUUAGGGGCACUACUAAUAUACAGAAUUAUCUUAAAAUAUAUCAUUUAGCUAUUCCCUAAAUAGCUCUUUGAGCUAGCUUUGCUGUGAUGUUCUCCCAGAGACACAGGCAUAAAAAGCACCAAAAUAAUUAAAUGAACAGCACAGUGUUGUGGAUGCAACUCUCAGUGCAUUUCAGGAAGAAAAAUUAUGUUCUGAUGGUGUCAGGCGGGACUGAUUAUUGCCAAAAGCCUGGAAAUCCAUAAAACUAAACAAUAUUAUCUUCUAUAAAGGUUUUGAUUACAGUCAAUAUUCUGAGCAGGGGGUAGCAUGCAAUUAAAAAAACAUACACAACUAUUUAGAUAAAAAAGGCCUUUCUAUGCAAGCAUUUCAGCUUCAUUUUGAUUGUGAAAUGAAAGGAGACAAAUCUAAAGGAAAGGAAGCAGUUGAUGCCCUUGAAGGAAGGAAGGAAGGUUAAUAAUGUCCAAAGGAAUCUAGCCAAGGUGAUGAAUGUGGUCUUUGGUAGGUGGAGUAUUGCCAAAGCCUUACUAUAUCUGAAUUCGUGAGCUGAGUAAUAUAAAAUACUACCGAGAGACAGUUAUUAAUAUUUCUCUGUUUAUGAGUCUGAAAUGAGCAAAUUCAGAGAGUUUGUAAUGCAUUAUGGGCAGGUACAUAUGGGUCACAGAAUGCAUACAUGUUUUAUGAACAAGGUAAUUCUUAAAUGAGCUGGCUUCGUACAAAUUUAAGCCAGUCUUUUAACCAGUUAACUUUUAUCUUACCUUAAGAGCAGUGUCUCUUAACAGCUUUGAGAAAGAGGCUUUUCCUUGACCAGAUUGACUCUGCUUCAUUUGAGGUUUUUAAACUGAGGUUGGCUUGCCAUGUGUCAGGGAUUCUUUAGCUGUAAUUCCUGCAUUGUAGUGGGUUGGACUAGAUGACCCUCAGACCCCUUCCAACUCUACAAUUCUUUGAUUCUACAGGUGGUCAAGGAUUAGACAUAAGAUUGAAUAUGUGUUAAAAGCUUUUUUUUUCUACCACUGGUUUAUAGAGCUUUGUCUAAGAGUCUUAAAGCUCUUCUCUAAGAUAGCAGACCAUGCUCUUUGUUCUUACUCAAAUAAAUCUAAAUUAGCAGCAAAGAAGCAGAAUAGUGGAGAAUGCAAUUCAGGUUGUUGAUAAGCUUUGAUGUCUCAGUCUUUAUAAAAAAAAUACUAGAGCUUCCUUACUUCCCAUCUAUAUACUAACAGAGUAGUUUAUUGAUAGUACAGUAUUGUUGUAUGCCACACAAAUUUCUGAGUGGUGCAAGAUUCCAGGGGCUCUAGACCAUAGCUGUCAACUUACAGAUUUGAAAAUAAGGGACCAGCAACCAAAAUAAGGGAUUUUCCGAACACAUGUAUGUUUAACUUCUGAGCCCCUCCGAGCCAAAGGCUGAAAGCCCAGCCAGCAGCCAAAAGAAGCCUCAAGCGGUGGUUCCCGCAGUGAGCAACCCAGCAAAGGGGAUGCAUCAAGGAAAACCACCGUCACCUCUCCGCUGGAAAGCGCUGAGCAAAUGUGAGUCCCCAGGCAAUGUAGCUGAUUUGAUUGGCACAAGGCAUGCAAGCUCCACCCCCCAGUCGUUCUUAGACUCCUUAUUGGGUGAGCAACGCAGCCAAGCAACACAGUUGGAACCUCCCUCCUCCCUGGCCGGCAGGCAGGGAGGGAGAGGAGCUGCUUCCUUUGAAACCUGGGAAAUUUAAGGGACAUCAUCAAUAAGGGACAGCAGCAGGACACAGUGCUGGGAUAAGGGACUUUCCCGCCAAAUAAGGGACGGUUGACAGCUAUGUUCUAGACACGUACCUAGGACUUGUGUUUCUUUUUGGAGAUGAGGUACAGCGGAGACUCUGGUUCCUUUAUGAUACAUGGUUUAUUUACACAUAUAUAACCUGAGUCUACAAUGGAAGGGUUCACAGCUUUAGCACUCUAAAAGGAUCUUGUUUCUCCCAUAGCCCAAGCCUUGGAUUCAAACCGAAAUCAAAACUGACUUUCUCUGCAGCUUGCUGCUUUACUUCCAAGUCAAAUCACUGCACCUUAACUCUAAACUCAGGCUUUGUCCUUCUAACUGUCUGUGUGUUGAGGGAGGGGCCUCACCCAUUUGCUGUCUCACUCAAAGCUCUUUUCCUUUGUUUUCCUUAAUGGUCCAUCACCCAGGCCACCACCUCAACACAGGAAGCUAGUCUGGGUUAUAGUUUAAAAACUUGCUGGAUCCAGGGGUUUGAAGGAUCUCAUACAGCCUACACCCCCUCCCCCCCAACUCAUAACAGUACAGUAUAAUGGUUGUAGGAUUCCCACCCCCACCCCUUUUUACUUUAAGGAAUUCUAUUUGGUACCUUAGCCUUAAUUUUCAUUUCUGCAAGAUUCCUUAUUUCACAUCAGGAUGACUUACACUAUGUUCAGUAUAGGAGGAGCAAAUCUAAUUAGCCACAAUUUUAGUGACCUUGGAGCCUUUUGCAGAUUGGCUUGGUCCUCUGAAGAUGCUAGUUCUUGUAAAUUGAUGGUUCUAUGUUCUCCUGAGGGAAUAAGUCAUCUGAAUCCAUCCAUUGUGUCUGUCUUCCAAGAAAGAAUGCUAUCUUUCAUACUGAAACCUUGUUCAGCAAGAGCUGAAAUAGUUUAAUUUCAAGUCUAAGCUCACCUGUGCCUUUAAACUAGAAUCUCUGUCAUGAUGUAAUGAACAAAUUGCUUUUGUCUUGACUGGUGUCUUAGCUAAAUCUAAUUUAUAUACCUUAUACCUCCUAUGUCUUAGUUUAGACUAAAGCAAUGAUUGUCCUUCAGGUGGUUUCCCCAAGGAGUAAAAAUGUUGAGAAGAGAGCUUGUUCUUAUAAUUUUUCUCUAGACAUUUCCAUAGAUAGCAGUGUGGAAGGGGCAUAAUGAAGAAGAAAAUUAUUUCUGUUGUACCAGGAAAAAGAAAAUUUGGGUGUAGAAAGACACAUAAUGAGCUCACCAUGGAAGCUCAUUUGCCCCAUAAUGGUAUAUAUGCCCUGUUCAAGUUGAAUUAGUAUGUGGGCAGGGAGUGGGGAUACACCAACCAGUCUUGCCUUGUCUGAUUAGCCCUGGAUAUGAACGUUUUCAAGAAGAGGGUCUUUGCACAUGUAGCUGUACACACAAAGACUGACAUGUAACCCAUUUGCUGCACACACAUGCAUUUGUGCAAAUACCAGGUAGUGGGAAGGUGUGAUGUCAGGUGCAAAGUUAGUUCAGCCCUCCUCGUGCAGUGAUUCAGCUUGUGAAUAGGCUCGCCUGAGUAGGGUUUCAGUCUGAGUCUCCAACCUGAAUCAAACUCUGAAGAAGUCCAUUCACCGAAGAAGCUGGAUUUACACAGUGCUAAAGCCCUCUUCAGGCAUUACAGUGGUGCCUCGCAAGACGAAAAGAAUCCGUUCCACGAGUCUCUUCGUCUUGCGGGUUUUUUCGUCUUGCGAAGCAAGCCCAUUAGCGGUUUAGCGGGCUUAACGAUCAGCUGAUAAGCGGCUUAGCGACCAGCUGUUAAGCGGCUUAGCCCAUUAGCUGAUAAGCGGUUUAGCGGCUUGGGAAAAAGCUGAUAAGCGGCUUAACGAUCAGCUGAUAAGCGGCUUAGCGACCAGCUGUUAAGCGGCUUAAGAUCAGCUGAUAAGCAGCUUAGCGACCAGCUGUUAAGCGGCUUAAGAUCAGCUGAUAAGCGGCUUAGCGACCAGCUGUUAAGCGGCUUAGCCCAUCAGCUGAUAAGCGGUUUAGCGGCUUGGGAAAAAGGGGGGGGAGAGAAAGGAAAAAAACCCCAGGAACUCGCAAGACAUUUUCGUCUUGCGAAGCAAGCACACCGGAAAUUCGUUUUGCGAAGCACCUCCAAAACGGAAAACCCUUUCGUCUAGCGGGUUUUCCGUCUUGCGAGGCAUUCGUCUUGCGGGGCACCACUGUAUACUAACAAGGAAAUAGAAAUGAGAGCUGCACAUGCUUGCCUCCUUGCCCUUGUCAUUGGAGAAUGGCUCUCUGCAAUGGGGAGCCUGCUUCUACUCACGUAGCCUUUCCACACAAUGUACAACUUAUUUUUCAGAGUUCUGUAUUGUGUGGGAAGCUUCCACGAAUAAAGGAGACACUUCACGGCAAACAGAUGCGCUCCAACUCAUUGAUAGGGAUAGUGGUGAAGCUAAUGCCCUUGUCCCCACUCUCCACUCUAAAAGUAUUGUUUCAAGAGUAAAGAACAGUAUGCAUUAAAAGUGUUUUGAAACUUUCUUAAAAUCUAAAUAUUAAGUAUGCAAAGUGCUUGAAAGCAAACUAAAACAAACAGCAAAUCAAUCAUCCCAGCCAUAGUGGCUGGGGAAGCCCAGCCAGAUGGGCAGGGUAUAAAUAAGAGAGUUGUUGUUGUUGUUGUUGUUAUCCCUUGAAGGAGGGAUGAAGAGGAGAUCAACAUUCACUUCAAAGAUUGUAUGUGUUUAAGUAUCAACGGCAAGGGGCAGGAUAGUUACGUCUUUAUGUGCCUUCUUAGUCAUCUUUAAGCAUUUCUACCUGGUACAUGUGAGACUCAAAUGUGCAAUAGUUUAUAUGGGAGCAAAAGAUCUGUUCCAAUAUAUCACAACCACAGUAUGAAACACUAUUAGUGGGUUUUUUUGCCUUCUAGGUUGUUCUGUGCCUAAAAAUCAAUUACAGAAAGGUGGAAGGAUUAACCUUUACUAUAGGAUUUAAGCAUGAAAAAAAUGUCAGUGUUUGUUUUGUACAUUAGGAAUAAAAUAGAGGAGUGCCACUCUGCUGCACUCUAUGAUUCUUGCUGGUGACUUCUAAAGGAGUUAUUUCAAAGCUGUCACUUUCUGUUUUCUGAGAUGCUGGAUGCGGUUGAGGUGCCCUAGGAAAUGCUGGCACGACAGGUGUCUUGGUAUGUACAAAACCUACAAAUUAGAGUUUUAGGUGCUAUGGCUGAGUGACAAAAGGUGAGGCUGGGAGACAUGUUAGUUUUUUCAAGGAGCUGAAGGCAAGCUGAAAGAGGGAGGCUGCUUCUUUGUGUACCUGGCAAAAUUUGGGGUGGAUAUAUUUGGUGGAUAUAUUUGGUAAGGGACGCGGGUGGCGCUGUGGUCUAAACCACAGAGCCUAGGGCUUGCCGAUCGAAAGGUCGGCGGUUCAAAUCCCAGCGAUGGGGUGAGCUCCCAUUGUUCAGUCCCUGCUCCUGCCAACCUAGCAGUUCGAAAGCAUGCAGUGCAUGUAGAUAAAUAGGUACCGCUCCGGCAGGAAGGUAAACGGCAUUUCCGUGCGCUGCUUUGGUUCGCCAGAAGCGGCUUAGUCAUGCUGGCCACAUGACCCAGAAGCUGUCCGCAAACAAAACGCCAGCUCCCUCGGCCACUAAAGCAGAUGAGCGCCGGAACCCCAGAGUCGUCUGUGACUGGACUUAACAGUCAGGGGUCCCCUUACCUUUAUAUUUGGUGUGUGCAGUACACACCAUGGAAAACAAAACCUCUUGCAAGUCACAGACCACUUCUCACACUCUUAAGGUUUUUUCCUGCUCUAUUCUAGUUAUGUAUCUAAAGAAUGAAACUCGUACACAUAGGCUUUUCUCUUUUAGACCAUGUAUUUGUUUGAGAAAUGAGUUUAUUUGAAAUGCUCCUAUUUGGGGUUAAUUGUUCCACCUGCCUAUUCAUGCUUCCCAAUUGUAGAGAUUUGGCAAAAGGGCCAUUACUGUCUAUAGACUCCUAUAGAGAGAUUCAAAGACUUGACUCCUCACAUUAGAAUGCACAUUGGCAACACUAUUUAUGGGCAGUGUAACUGAAAACCAUUCUUAGCAGACAGUGAUACCCCCAGAAAUGUUCAGCAAAGAGUGCCUCAUAUUCUAUUUUUAUAUUUUAGCUGUAACAAAUGAUAUCGCACCAUAUGCUUGCAAUUAGAAUAGCUGGUCUAAGAGGUAUCUUUGCUCAAGCAACUUAACUGUCAGUAAUGCUGGAGCAAAGAACGUAACCUUUUGCAUAUUUCUCUAAAGAAGGUAACAUUGAGGGAUAGAUAAUAGUUGGCACUGCGCUGCCUAAAGACUGCAAAUUGCUGCUUUAAAUGAGAUAAUUUAGUCUCCUUUUGGCCUUUUUGGUUGAAAAAGAAGUUUUGCUCAUAUGGCACUGGGCAGAUGUGGAACACUGAUAUUCUCCACUAUUAAAUUCUUGAUCUGAAUUUAUAACCUUUAUGGUCAGAUGCUGCUCUCUUAGUUGUACUAAUUAAACCCUCAUGCCACUCUGGAAUUUUACAUCAUGGUAAUUGACUUAUUUCCAGAGACUCAAACACUGGGGUCAAAGUAUACCUAAUAGACUAUUUUUAAAAAAUAAAACAAUUCAUGCAAAUCGUAACCAUUAGUGUCAUUCAUUUGAUUUGGCUUUUGUAGGUAUGGCUGUGAAACACCCUGUAAAAAACGUGAUGACUAUUUGGAGUGGCCUGAAUAUUUCAUGGCUGUAGCUUUCUUGUCGGCACAAAGAAGCAAAGAUCCAAAUUCUCAGGUAAGAAUAUAGUGCCCAGGUAGCUUAUGUUGCACUGUCUCUCAUAAAUUUAUAUGGCAAUAAGUUUCUAGUCGUUCAACACAAUCUAAUUACAAGGAUAUCCAAAGUUAGAGCAAAGAGGAAACUACAAUGAGGAUUUUAUCUAUCAAGUUGUAACUUGAGCUGUUUUUUCUUGGGAAGAUUGUUCUUUUAUAGUACUAGAUGAGGAGCUGUGUGGUUCCUUUCCCCCACAAGAAGUAAAAAUACUUACAGUUUACAGAUAAUGCAUCUGAUGAAAAUAAUUGAAGAAUAAGCUAGUGUAUUUGAGAUUAUAGUUUGAUCUAGCCAUGUAAUAUGGUACGUUUUUACUGAGGUUCUGACUUUUGCAUUUUUACCUGCAUGUCACUAAGUAGGAACAGACCAACUUAGCCUACAAAGCAUCACAAUAAAAAGCAUUUCUGUACCUUCCAUGUUUUUGAAUUGAGUUGUUAUGCUAGGAACCUUUUCUCUUCAGGAUGGUGCAGUUUGAAUGAAGAAGCACGGUCUCAAAUGAUGCUUACAUAGUGCUUGAACAUUUUCAGUGUUGAUGCUCAAGGUCAGACCAGGCUCACUUGGGUUUCCUUUAUGGGGAAGUAUAGCUUCAGCUACAACAGGGUGGGUACCACUUGCCUUGGCAGAGAAACCAGGUGAGUAUGGGAUCACCAAAAUAUCUGACCUAUUACAAGAAACAAAGUUGUUCAUUUCAUUUCAGGUUGGUGCAUGUAUUGUGAAUUCAGAAAACAAGAUUGUUGGGAUUGGAUACAAUGGCAUGCCUAAUGGAUGCAGUGAUGACUUGCUACCUUGGACCAGAACAGCAGAUAGUAAACUUGACACAAAAUAUCCAUAUGGUAAGGAAUACAAUAUCUAUACCAGAUCGCUUAUUGUUUUUACUUACUAAGUACAGUGGUACCUCGGGUUACAUACGCUUCAGGUUACAUACGCUUCAGGUUACAGACUCCGCUAACCCAGAAAUAGUGCUUCAGGUUAAGAACUUUGCUUCAGGAUGAGAACAGAAAUCGUGCUCCGGCAGCGCGGCAGCAGCAGGAGGCCCCAUUAGCUAAAGUGGUGCUUCAGGUUAAGAACAGUUUCAGGUUAAGUACGGACCUGCGGAAUGAAUUAAGUACUUAACCCGAGGUACCACUGUAAUAUCCUUGCUUUUAUUUGUAAAACAUUUUUCUCUUUCAUAUUAAAGAAAGAGGCUUUUACAACCAAAUUUUCCUCUAUAAAAAAACAGGCAUUCACAUAAUGUCAUCUUAAGCUUUUUGUUUUAUUUGUACAAGCCUAUAGGAAUGCUUGCCUAGCAGCUAGUGUAAGUAGAAUAAAUGUUUGUUUAUCUACCCAAAAUCGGGCAACUAUAGUAUUUAUUCUUUGUAAGAACUGAAGUUGAACAGAAUUUCUUCAAACCUUACAAGAGUUUCAGUGUUAAUUGUAAAUAUGUGUUUUAGGAAAAGCAUAUUACAAGUCACAACACAGGCUAGGCAAUGCAAAAUAAAAUUGGACUGUAGUAGUAUUUUAAUUAGGUUAGUGCCAUAUGUGAAUAGUAUUAAGAAAUGAGCAAUUAGUAGUGUUUGUUAAGUUUUGUUGUGUAUAUAUAUAUAGAGAGAGAGCGCGCUAAAAUGCAUGUUCGUUUAAAGCAAUAGUGCCAUUGUUCAGGUAGAUUACUCAAAGCCCCCUUAAACAUGUCCACAUUUCAUUAGAUGCUAGGAUUGUGCAUCCACUUUCCAUUCUGAACAUAGAUGUGCAAAGAGCUUCUUUCAGUGAGUGAGGUGUUGCCUGAUUUAUGUGUCCUUUCCCCACCAUUAAUGAUGGUGGCAGAUGAGGUGGGACAAGCCUCACCAUAUUGCGGUCCUGCCUUUUACUGCUCUUUCAACGUGGCAUACAUUUUUUGUUCUCCUACACACCUCACAACAGCCAUUUUGUUACUGGUGCCCAAAAUUACAAAUGGGUCCAGUGGUCCAAAAAGGUGGGCAACCUCUGUUUUAUCUCAAAAUACAUCCCCCACCUCCUUUGCAAACAAAUUGCUUAAGUUAAAUGUAGAACAAAAUACAGUGGACCCUCUAGUUACAUACCGCCCUGGAUACGUAACUUUCGGGUUAUGAACAUGGCAAACCCAGAAGUAUAUACUUACGGGUUUCGCCACAUACACAGAAGCGCUCUGUGUGCCGCGUGUGCACGCAGAAGCGCUCCAUCGCACCGUGCGCAGAAGCGGUGCCUCUGCCUACAGACUUUUCGGGUUGCGGACGGACCCCUGGAACGAAUUUAAUUCGUAUCUGGGGGGGUCCACUGUACAGUGGUACCUUGGUUCUCAAACUUAAUCCGUUCCGGAAGUCCGUUCCAAAACCAAGACGCGCUUUUUCAUAGAAAGUAAUGCAAAACAGAUUAAUCCAUUCCAGACUUUUAAAAACAACCCCUAAAACAGCAGUUUAACAUGAAUUUUACUAUCUAACAAGACCACUGAUCCAUAACAUGAAAGCAAUAAUCAAUGUACUAUACUAUAAAAUAAAUAAGACAGUAUUAUAGAAGAUUAAAAAAAACAUUCUUACCUGCACUGAUGAUAGUCAUUGUUUGGAUGGGGAGCUUUUAUCCAUUCCUGCAGUCACACAAUCAAUCUAUCAGUAGCUGAACUGGGUUCCACACAGUCACAAAAACAAAUUAACCUUCUGUUCCGGAAGUCUGUUUGGCUUCCGAAAUGUUUGAAAACCAAGGUGCAGCUUCUGAUUGGUGCAGGUGCCCUGGAAACAAUAGCCAACAGCUGCAUCAGACGUUUGGCUUCCUAAAAACGUUCGAAAACUGGAACACUUACAGUGAGGGGGGGAAAGUAUUUGAUCCCCUGAUAAAUUUGCCCGUUUGCCCUCCGAUGAAGGAAUGACCAGUCCAUAAUUUUGAUGGUUGGUUUAUUGUAGCUGUGAGAGACAGAAUAAUAACAGGAAAAACAUGAUUUAGAAGCGAUUGGGCUGGAUCCGGCCCCCAGGCCUUAGUUUGCCUACCCAUGAACUAGCUAGUUUACUUUUUAAUGAUUUCUUUAAAUAAUGAUUCUCUGGUGCCGAACAUUUAAAUUUGGAUAGAACUGUGUCCCCUUAUUGGCCUAUAGCUAUUAUGCAGAAGAAUGAAGCAGAGCACCUGCUAGCUAACCAAUUAGAAAUUACUAGCUUCUGAUGCCUUAGCACCUGUUUAAAAAGACAGAAAUCUCACUCAGUUAGUUAUCUCCUUUUUGAAGCAGUGUAAACAACAGCAGUUAAGCUGUCACUCAGGUGACCUGCUGGCUUCCUGCUGAUAACAUUUUAUCUCCACAGCUCUAGAAGAAAACCCAGGACAGUUUACAUAACUGUUAACCCUUAUAUAAAACCUUGGAAACAAUAUGAUUUCUCCACAACAACAAAAAUGAGUUUUCCUUACGGUGUUACUGUUCUUUCACAGGAGCCUAAUAUGGUGCUUCUUGGAAAUUAGAAAUAACCUCUUCACUUUUGGAUUGUUCCAAGAUGACCUUGUAGCAAUUAAGACAGUCUUAAUAGGUGCUAGUGAAGAUGGUAACGGUACAAAAUGAUUGUCUAAACUGCAUUCUUAGUGCUGGUCGCUUUUUCUCAAGCUUCAUUGCCAGCUAUCUUACCUGGAGGUGAGAGCUGCUUGGCUUUACUUCAUAAUUCCCUCUGCUCUUAAGAACACAGAGUGCACUUGCAUAAUCAAAAGAACAUUCCUAUCCAUGCAUGUAAACACACAAAUGAGCUCCUUUAUAAUGGCAAUUAGAGCUCUCUGGGAGCACUGGUGCCGUGAGAUAUUGCCACACUUAGGGUGACUGAAACUACUUGGCCUUCAGCCUAUGGCUUUGCUUCGUCCUGUAGGUGUUCACAAAUGGCCAUGUUAAUGUGCUUAAUGAUUUCAUUACUCACUGCAAGCCUGGCCAGAUUGCUUGACCUUCAUUGAUCUUGGUAUUUCUGGAUUAUUUCCCCUCCCCUUCCCCACUUUAAAUUUCUCUCUGGUGUGACAGAUUGUGCUGGCUGUUUGCUUCUGGAAGGACGCAGGCAUUUGCGGCGUAACACUUUGUUAAGUUUCAGAUUGAUGACUCACUUUAAUGAACGCUCAUAUGAAUAUUUGUUGGGUUCUUUUUAUCUUUAAUCAGUGUGUCACGCUGAACUGAACGCCAUAAUGAACAAGAACUCUGCUGAUGUGAAAGGCUGCAGCAUGUAUGUUGCCUUGUUUCCGUGUAAUGAAUGUGCAAAGCUCAUCAUCCAGGCAGGUAAGGGAAGGUGCCAGCUUGAUUUGUCAGUGUUGCUGCACUGUCUGUUCAUGGGUACCUCAUCACAGAUGUAUAUGGUUUCCAAAUUGCGGCUGUUUAGAUCUAAAUUAAUUGCACUAUCAACCUUUAAGACACUCCUUGUGUUUUCUAUACUUGAGUGGUGCCAGGUUUUCCCGUGCUAAUUGCAUCCUCUGUGAUUCUUAGCUUGUUUUUAAUUCAAGUUUGCCUCUUCCUCGACCAAGAGCUGCCAAGGAACUGUGCAGGCGUUGCAUAUAAUUAGUGUCAAUUUACAAUUCUCUGACACAUCGUGAACAGAAAGUGGGGGUGGGGGAGAGAGAAUAAACUGUGUGUGUCACAAGAUCUGCUGGGAGUAUAUAUAUGUAACAUUUUAAUUUGAGCGUCAGACAUGGUCGACACUUGAAGAUUUUAUCUCUUUGGUCAUAAAUGUCACAGAGACUUCUAUGAUCUCUCUUAUAAUUAUGUCUUUCAUUACAAUAGUGAUAAAUCUUCACCACUGCAGCAGGUGUGCUAGUCUGAUCAUUAGUCCUUUCUUCAGAUUAUUGGAUACUAGUAAAAUGUCCAUUAUUAUGACAAGAUGCAGAAUGAAGGCUUAUAUAUUUCACAGAUCCCUGCGGUCUGGGGGAGGGGGGAAUGUGCAUCUGUACAGGAUCUCUUGUCAAUGAGACCUGGGUCACUCGCUGUUAACACUCAUAGGCACGCUUUCCACAAGUGCAGCACAUUACUUUGGGAAAUCUCCAUACCACAGUGCUAGAGUAUAUUCUGUGCUUGCAAAAGGUCCCACGUUAAUCCUCAGCAUCUUUGGGUCUGAAAUUCUGGCACGCUACUGCCAAUCAAUGGACCAGUGGGGACUGACAUUUCUCUGUGAACUUUCACUGUAGGGAUGAAUGGCAGCCCUCACUUAUUUGGGAGAAAAUAAAGGGGUGUCCCAUUGGGAUGGGGUCUAAGUCUUCUCCUGCUUGCAAAGGAGUUUGGAUUUGAUAUCCCGCUUUAUCACUACCCGAAGGAGUCUCAAAGCGGCUAACAUUCUCCUUUCCCUUCCUCCCCCACAACAAACACUCUGUGAGGUGAGUGAGGCUGAGAGACUUCAGAGAAGUGUGACUGGCCCAAGGUCACCCAGCAGCUGCAUGUGGAGGAGUGGGGAAUCGAACCCAAUUCACCAGAUUACGAGUCCACCGCUCUAACCACUACACCACACUGGCUCUAGGGACAUUCUGGUCUUGUUUCUUGGCCAUACUUCACUAUGAUGGAAAAUUGGGAGAGUGACACUUGGUUUCAGGCACUGGGCUUUUAUACAGCUAAUUUCCUCUGCCACAAGUGGAAGAGCUUUAAUUGCAAUAUAAAUGGCUCUGUUUUGAUUAAAUUUUAAUGUUAAUCAACUGGAUUGGCAGGCCAAAAUUUUAGAAACAUGGAGAAACUUCUCACAAGUAUUCCCUUGUAGAUUUUAAGCAUUUUAUCAGGGCUGAAAUGUAAGGAGGGGGAAAAUGAUAUGCACUAUUUUUUGAAAAAGUUAUACCUAAUGACACCACGGCCAUGACACAAUUACUUAGUCUAUUGUAAAGGGCAAUUAUAAAAUAAAAGUGCCAAAAUAAACUAUAAAUAUAAUGCAGUCUUGCCUCUGAGAAGACACUGCCCUGCUUUGUCUGACUGUUGCGGCUAGUAAGGGAUCCUGGGAGAGACUGUUCCACCUGUCUGCCCACCUUGUUCCCAAUUCCCCUGCCAGCCAGGAGUAGGAGAGUGGAGACAGUUACAGCUAAUUGACUGGUGUUCCUGCCCACAAACCAAAUUAGAGGACCACUGCAGUUCUAGUGCAGACCACCAGUGUUGUUGACCCCUGUCCCCCAAGGAGAGACGUCAAAGAGAUUUAUCCCUAUUGGGGUCACCAUGAGGGUGAGGGUACCACUCUCUUUAAUUUUGCAUUUUUGAAUUUAAUCAUCUGGUAUACAAAAGUGAGUUACGUAUUAUGGGAUGGCAACUUGAAUUAUGCAUGCGUUUUGCAACCCGGAGUGAGAGUUUGCAUUGCAACGUUCCUGAGUGUUUUAAUGUUGCUUGAAUCAUAGAAUUGUAGAGUUGCAAGAAACCCCAAGGGUCAUCUAGUCCAGCCCCCCCCGCAAUGCAGGAAUAUGCAGCUAUCUUUUGCUGGGAUCUAACCUGCAACCUUGGCAUUAUCUCUUGGCAUGCUCUAACCAACUGAGCUUCAUGCCACUUAGGGGAAGAAUCUGAAUCAGUAUAGAGUAGGGCCCUACCUGAGUCAGAGAUGGCAGGAUGAAUUUAUUUAUUAAUUAAAUGUAUAUCCUUCCGUUCUUUCCAAAGGUGUUUGUAUGAUACUGUUUUGUCUUAGAUGAAGGGGGCGAAUGAGCUGCUUCUAAAUCAUGCGUAAUGCUACCAGGAACUUUUUUGUGGAUUUUCUUUUUUAAUGUUUAAGAGAAUAUUUUCUUUUUAUGUGUUAAUUAUGCUACUUUAAACGUGGAUCACGGUUGUAUUUGUAUCUGAUUCUCAUUCAUAGUGUUUGAUAUAUAUAUACUUUUGGUCAUUUUCAGUUUGGUUGUUUAAGACAGACUGUAAACCACUUAAGAGAUUCCUUUGGAGAUGUGAAGUGGCAUAAAUUUGAUAUAAAUAAAUAAAUUUAUAACUGUAAAAUAAGAUUCAGCGAAAUAAAGUAUGUGUAAGGUUCCUAAACACAAGUAUGAUUUAAUGACAAUUAAAUUUUUAGUUCUCAAAGGUUAAUUUCUACAUUUUACAUGGGAUAUGGCCCUUGAAAUGCCUCAGCACAUUGUAUGUAUUUCUUAAUUUUUGAUGGAAAUGACACCAUGUAAUAUUGGGGCAUUUUAGAAAUCUAGGUCCAUCUCGAUUUUGCCUAAUAAACUCAUUUGCCAUUAUAUUCAUCUGCUUUAUAUGCAGCAGUGAAAUAGUUAAGCUCUUAAAGCAAUCACUAUUUCAACUCUCUCCUGUCAGACUCAUUGUCAGUUAUCACUCUUGGUUUUUUCUGUUCUUUGUGUGUUCAGGAUGUAAUAUUGACAUGUUGGCAGAAUGGGAAAAUUUGUAGGAUUGUGCUCAGCACAGUCACAGUUAAUGCUUGCAGUCCGGUGGGGGUAGGGAAGAGCCAUGGAAGCAGAAACGGAAAUUGCAAGAGAUAUGAGUGCUUUGAAAUUGUCCAAAAUCUGCUUUAAGUAAUUACGUGAGACUGUCCUAUUGGGUUUUUUUUAAGGAUGAAUUCACGAUACAUACAAAUUCUUCAGAGAAGAAAUGUCUCCUGUCUUUCAGUGUGAAACAUUGUGCACACUGAUGGACAGUAAUAGCUUCGCAUUCUGGAAACAGAAAUGCCAGCAAAGCAGAAGACAAUUGGGUAGCAGCAAUUUCACAGUUGCAGUUCAGUGUGUGGCUCCAUCUACUCUAGCUUUCUUUAUAUAUCCCACCAAUAACUCUACAGAUCCGCUUGGGAAAAUAUAUAACACUUUUGGUAUUGCACCCUCUUAAGUGCUGGGCCUGAAAAUCCUGAGGCUAAAUCUGUCUUCCUCCACUUUUGAAGUUCCAUGACCUUCAGAGUUUUUGGCCUCAUUAACAAUCCCAUCUCUUCCCAGAUUAAGCUACUUUUUAAAAUUUUAUAUAGCAGCAUUAUAGGACAAAAUACCUAUGCUCUAGAUCUGUCAUGCCUGUUCUAGUUGUUGCUAAUGUUGGAUGCCCUAUUUUAACUUGUUUGUAACAUGCAGUAUCAGCAUGUCUUUAAACUCUUUAACUGGUAACAACUGGUUUAGUUUAAAGAAAACUAGGCGGGUUAAGCAGAGAACACUCUGAAUAGGAAACAAAUAAUGGCUCAAAUAAAAUUCCCCAUCUUAACAUCCUCUCCAGAUCUCUAGACAAUCUAGUGUGAACAUAACUAUUUAUGUGCAAAUAUUUCAUUCAAUUUUUCUAAAAGCUGACAAAUCUCCCUAUUAGUAAAAUCACGCCUAAACCAAUUGAUGGGUUUUACCCUAUACAGUGGUACCUCGGGAUGCAAAUGGGAACCGUUCCAGAGCCCCGUUCGCAUCCUGAAUGGAACAUAAGAUGCAUCUGCGCAUGUGCGGGUCGCGUUUUGCCGCUUCCGCGCAUGUGCGUGAUGUCAUUUUGAGCGCAUGCACGAAUGGCGAAACCUGGAAGUAACGCGCUCCAUUACUUCCGGGUUGCCACAGAGCGCAACCCGAAAGCGCUCAACCUGAAGCACAUUCAACUCGAGGUAUGACUGUAAUUAAAAUAGUGUCCAUGAACCUCAGAGCUUUUACUACUGCCUAUAGCCAACUGAACUCUCUGAGCAAGGGGUUGUCUUCUACCUUUUCUGUAUACACUGGUGGGAAAUCCCGCUGCACAUAAGGGGCUGCUUUAUUAGGAGCACAGCUGAUUUGGUAAUUGGAAGAUUUGCAUACAUUUCUUCUGCUUAAAAAUAUCUUUAUGUAGAUGUUACUUUUUUACUUAAAUUUAACUCUGUCUUUCCUUGAAUGCAUCUAAACAUUUUUGCUUCUCAUUGUUGUGUCUGCUCAUAGGUAUAAAAGAAGUUAUUUUUAUGUCUGACAAAUAUCACGAUACUGUGGAGAUGACAGCUGCACGGCGCUUGUUUGAUUUAGCUGGAAUUAUAUACAGGUGAGGUAAUAGAUGGGCUCUUGCAUCUUUUGUCCCUUCCAUCCUUUCAUAUGCUUCUGUGCUGUUCUGAAGCCCCACACCUAUUCAACUAUAGGCCUCCUCCCAUUCAUGAUGCAAGUAAGUGAACUGAUAUCAUUAAGGGCUCAAAGGAUCAGGGCCAAAUACAGGGAAGUGGUUGCCUGCUGUAAGCUUUUUCUGUAACCUAUUUCACAGCCUUUGUGCAAAAAGGGAUGUAGUGGCUGCCACCAAAUAUAUUUGGAUUCUUUGAAAAUCAUGGCAGACAAGUCUCCUGCCCCAACAUGUAGAGAAAAGCAGGUCAUAUUUAUUUAUCUAUGAGGAAGAUACCUUUAUGGAAAACCUUAUACCUUCUUCCUAUAUUGCGUAGUAUUUCCCUAAGAAAUAUGGUAUGGCCUCUGUUUCUACAUUGCAAAAUGCAUGUAUUCAUUGUUUGCAGUGUUAUUCUUGUUUGUAGUCUGCCAAAUAAGAAUUUAUUGUUCACGUAAAAUAUAGGCUGUAUAGCACGUUGUCAUAUUGGCUGUUCUUAAAGAAUAUAGCAGUAGAGGUGUUACAAAGGUUGUCUUCCGUUAUUCCUAGCAAGUUACUUCUUAAAGCCUGAAGCCUCUGUUUCCUCACUCAGAAAACAGUGUCUUACUUCCAUGUACGAGUAUAAAAGAUAAACAUCAAGCUGCAAUCCUAUACACCUCACCUGGUUUAGCUGGCCAAUCAAAGCCAUUUCCUGGGAUGUCCUGUUUCCUCGCGUGUGGCUGCUGUCACAUGCUGGCAGCUUCUAGGAGCCACAGGUGAAAACUAAGUGCAGGGGGGAGACCAAAGGUGGACAAACUACCCCAGAAGGAGCACAACGUGUUCCCCACCAGAGGUACUGCCCUCCCCUAACACCCCAACACUCCAUCCAAGUGCAGUACUCCACAAGAAAUUGCAGUAUAGAUCCACGAUAGAAACGGAUUGUGAUUAAUGUUGUGUGUACACCACUUCGCAAACCAAUGGUGGGAGAGGACUUUAUGCAGACUAAAGGAGACUGUGUACACAGCCUUCAGGUAUAACCAAGCCGAUCUUUUCAUGGAAUAUGGCCUGAAGAAAAAAAAGGGGUAUAUUUUAUAAGGCACUAAGGGAGGUUAAUGUGUUCAACUAAUGGUUUAACACCUUUAUGAUGCCGUGGUGAAAGGCUAAUUAUUAUGAAUUUAAAAACUUGAAAAUCUUAAUAUUAAUGUAGAAUCUUCUUGAAGCUUUGCAUGUUUUAACAGUUCUGACUGAAAACGUUAAGCAGACUUCUAGCUCCUGGGCUAAAGUAGAAAUCAUGAGCCAAUAAUGCAGUAUUUGAAAUUCUGUUCUAAAGUUAUUCCUUGUAUUAUAUGUCUACCAUGGGCACUAGGUGAAGUGGAGGCAUAACUCAUUCUGUUGCAAGUGAAAUAUUUCCAGAGCUUGCCCAUGAUUAGGGUGACUCCAGCGCUUCCAAGCGAUAGGCUGGAUAAAGUGUGUGUGCCACCCUCCUCCCAAACUUGUCCUUCAUUCUCUUGGCUGUUUUUGCCUCUUCGUAUUGAUUUGUGAGGAUAUGGUUAUGCUUAAUGAAUCUCUAGAACUGAAUUGUCAAGCUUAAUGAGACACUAAAUCCACACUAUUUGCAUAAUCCUCUGUUUACUGGUAGAUUGUAAAAUAUACACACAGUCCCCAAAUACCUUUCUUGCUAAUUGCUGCAGCAGAUGCUCUAAUGAUGUAAAAGGAUGAGCUUUGUUGGCAAUAUUAAUUUUACAAUUCUAAAGUUGUAACUUAAAAAUUAUUCCAGUUUCACUAGUUUAUAUUUUCUAUCCCCUGCAUAAUGCAGUAUAUUUUCCCCCUUUGCAGUGAAAUUACUGAAGCAAACUUUGGAAGUUUUCUGUGAAAAAAUUGGCAUGAAAAAAUAUCAAAUGUUACAGAAAGACUAGUUGCAUGAUGCCACCUCCUGCAGCUAGGUUGUUAGAAAUCCUUUGACUCCUGGCUAAUUUAUGAACUCCAAUAGCUGAAGAACAUACAAACUAAGCAACCCCAUGUGUCUUUUUGUCUUAGACUUUCUUGUCCGGGUUUCUCUCAGUAUGGUGCACUAUAAUUGGCUCCUAUAGAGAUGAAACACAGAGUGAAUCCAAUGAUAUUUUCCCCUUCUUAAAAUUUAGUUGGGAGGCAAAGCAAACAAAAUGUUUAACUACUUCACUAGCUAAUAUCCAUCUCUCUCCCUCUCUCUCUCCAUUUCUUCCCCAGGAAAUUCAAACCUAAGUGCAGUAAGAUAGUCAUUGAUUUUGAUUCAAUUAACAGCAGACCGUGUCAAAAGCUUCUGUGAGCUACAUCUAAUUAAAUCUCUAGAAGAUUGUGAUUAUCCUUUUCUUAGAAGAUGCUAAUGCCUUUCAUCUUGAAGUUUGGCAUAACUUUUUAAUAGCCCACUACAGUUGUAAGUAGACAUCUAAGGAAUAUGUCAGGCCCAGAAAAUUUUUGUCCUCCUUGCCAUAUGUUUUAAGCUUUGACUUCCUGGAGUUUUCCAAAUCUUUUCUAAAUGGAACCUAUAGGUGAGGUCUGGACUUGUGUAUGAACAACAGGAAAGGUGUGUUCACUGUGCAAACAUCUGAUCUGAAUGAAGAGAACCAAAGUCACAAGCAAUAACCUAUGAAUAUCGGCUCGAUCAAGAAAGCUGCUGGAUAGCUUGUGUGGUGACAUGUAACUGAAGGGAUGCAUCUACCAGCCUAGCAGGUCUGCAUAAAGCACAAACUAUUGAAAAUGUCAUUUUUCAAGCAAUAUGGCUAGAUGUCUCUAUAACAGUCAAAAUAUUGUGUUGUGUGAAAUCCAUACUGGUACAUUACACCUUGAUAUUUUACCAGAUGUUCAUCUCUUUAAUUGCUUCUCCUGUUGCAGUGUAGCGUGUGAGCAUGUGUUCAAUUAUGUUUGAAGAAUGUUUUGUAUUGGAUGUAGUUUCAGAGUAGCUUUAAUUCCUUUCCCCCCAAGAUACCUUCCAUUUAGCAGAGGAUAAGUGCAUAAAUCAUUAGGCUUUCACCUAUGGGACUCUGUUUGGAACUGAUUUUAAUGUCUAAAAGGAGACACAUUUAUUGGUCUAAAUCUCUACUAGACAAUCCAGCACAUUACAAUUCUGGGAUCAGCCUCUAAGGUAACUUAAUCACUGCUUUCCCUCUAAGGGAAAUGAGGAGAUUCAGUCCGCACUGAGGUUGAACAUGCCAAAUGUCAUAAUUAUGGUUUUAGCUUGCUUUUAGUUGUUAAAAACUGGCCCUGUGCCAUAAGUUCUGGAAACACAGGCUAAAACUAUCAAGGGCUUUCAAUAUCUCCCCUUCUAUUUGAUUUUGGGAGGAAAUGCCUAAUUGUGCAUGUUUAGAAAAUGUUUCCAACCCCAAAGGUAUUCAUGUUUUUUAAACAUUGUGAUGUUUUCCUGGACUCUUAUUUUCUGUGUUGAAACCAUUCUGUAGAUUAAGACAUUGUGUAAUUUGGCUUGCCACCAGUAUUAUUAAAGUCUUAUUAAAAUCCU